CUGUUUUGCAAAUCUAAUUGUCACCGGUAACCGCCGGUUUCCAUCAUUGAUUUGGCGGAGAUUAUUAGUUUACCCCCAAACAUUCACGUCUCAGUCCCAAUCCCUUCACCAUUUCCCGAGGCAACUUUCAUCCUUAUCGUCACGUUCGUCGCCGUUCGUCGCGAAUCUCCGAUCGCCUCUCUCUCGUCCGUUGUUGGGAGGUUCCAACACGCGAGGACUCCCUUAGGAUGGCAGAUAAUGAUGGAGAAGACAGUACCUCUCGUGGAACUGAAUGGGAAGUUGUUUCACUCACUGCUUCGGCAUAUGAAGCUGCUCCUAGUGCGAAGGAAGAUGAACAGAGCGAUGAAAAUAAAAGCAAUUUGUAUGAAGCAGAAACUUCCCACGCUCUUUUUAUGUCUAAGCACUUUGUAUUUCCACCAAGUCAGCACGAGAAUUUGCCAUUGGAACCUGAUAAGAGCGAGAUUCAUGAUGACCAAGGAGUGAAGGAGAAUGUGGUGUCUGAUUCUGCUGCUGUAGAUGGCGGGAAAUCUGGUGGAAAGUCUGAAGAUAGCUUGAAUUUAGAAGGGUUGGGUGAGACAGAUGAGUUUUCGGGGAUUGAUAAAACUAUGGAGAAAGGCAGCAAGUUGUCUUUUCAUGGUGAUGAUUUUGGUGAAAAUACCACAUUACAAGAUUUGAAUCUGGUUCACAAGGAGCAGGACCUCUUUGGUGCCCCUACAUAUAGUUCUUUUCAUGCUGAAAGUGAUCUCAGUUCAACGACAUUUGAUGAAAUCCCUCCACCUGAACCUACUGAUCAAGUCUCAACUCCAGAAAUCUCAGAAACUCCUAGACUCAAUAGUAAGAGCAAUAAGUCCAGUCUUCCUUGUGGUGCUUGGUGGAAGAGAAGAGCUGCUAGUUUAUACUCUCAUGCAAAAGAAGCGAAUGCAUUUUGGUCCAUUUUCAUUGCAGCAGCUGUUAUGGGACUUGUAAUACUUGGGCAGCGUUGGCAGCAGGAGAGUUGGCAAUCUCUGCAACUGAAGUGGCACAUUAGUGUGAAUGAUCAGAAGACAAACCGAGUGUUGGGACCAAUAGCUCGGCUUAAAGAUGUGAUCGUGGGAGCCCAACGACGCGGUUCGUCGAUCAAGUCCAGCCCCAAUGAGUUAUAAGAUGACGAAGAUAACUGUAGAAAAGGAGGAAAAAGAAUGAAAGAAAGAAAGAGGUUUGUUGGUAGUUGAAUGGUUGAGUGUCUUUGGCCGUCUUGCAAACUUUACACAAGUACUUUGGGGAACAUGUUGGAAUUUGAUUAUUUAAAUUAAUAUUUAAUCUUGGUGGUAUAGUACUAUAUUGCAUUGUACAUUAGCUUAAUCAAUUGGAUGGAUGAAAUGUAAGUUUGGAAGGUCA